GGUCUGCAUUGGGACUUCUAGUACUUGUAUUACUAUGUUUUUGGUUGCAUAAGGUGUUUGAGAAGAAAAGGCAUAAAAAGCGCAAAGAAGAUCUUUUCAAACAUCUUCGCUUGCAACAUCAAACAAGUGACGCAACAUUUGGAAAUACUAAACUUUUCUCUGCAAAAGAGUUGGAGAAAGCCACCAACAACUUCAAUGAAAACCGCAUUUGUGGACGAGGAGGUGAAGGGGUUGUGUACAAAGGUAUGUUAUCCGAUGGCACAAUUGUGGCAAUAAAGAAAUUAAAUAAAGUUAAUGAAAAUCAAGUUGAGCAAUUCAUAAACGAGGUUGUGAUAUUAUCACAAAUCAAUCAUAGGAAUGUGGUGAGAUUGUUAGGAUGUUGUCUGGCCACAGAGAGUCCUCAACUUGUUUAUGAGUUUUUACCAAAUGGAACCUUAUUUGAUUUCAUUCAUGAGCCAAAAAUCGAAUUUCCACCUACAUGGAGCAUGCGUAUGAAAAUAGCUACAGAUGUAGCAGGGGCAUUGGCAUACAUACACUCUUCAUCUUCAAUACCCAUAUACCAUAGAGACAUCAAGUCCGAUAAUAUCCUUUUAGAUGAAAAGUAUGUUGUCAAAGUAGCAGAUUUUGAACUUUCCAAACUUGUCCAAGUAGAUCGGACGCAUUUAACCACAAUGGUUAAAGGGACAUGGGGAUAUAUAGCUCCAGAAUAUGCCAUUACUGGUCGUUAUACGGAAAAGAGCGAUGUCUACAGCUUUGGAGUAGUUCUUCUUAAACUUCUAACCGAAAAACGAACAAUUUGUAAUGAAAGAACAGAAGAUGAAAGACACCUAGUUCCACAUUUUCUAGUGCACAUGGAAGCCGACAACCUUGACGUCAUUUUAGAUGCUCAUGUUUCUGUGGAAGCUGCAAAGGAAAAGGUGCUUGCGUUUGCAAGAAUUGCAAGAAGAUGUGUGAAUGCUGAACAGAAAUUUGGGCCAACCAUGAAGGAAGUAGCCUCAGAAUUGGAAAGGUUGAAGAUAUCUGUCACGAAUGUCGUGGUCUGUUCCGAUGGUGAGGAUGAAUUGAGUUGUUCUGAUGGUGAUGGUGAAGAUGAGAUAGUUGAGCUAAAUAACCGACACCGAAUAAUCGAACCAAUUCAAAUCGAAAUUUCGAGGGAUGAUUCAAGUUUUGGUGUUUUUCGGUUUCUUGAACUUGAUGGGAAUGAGGGGAAUUCUGACUGA